GUAGCAUUAUAGUACUAUUAUAGUACGGCCGUAUAGACCGACACUGCAGCUGACUGGUACGACCACGCACGUCAGACGUCGGUCGCCAGUCGCUACUCACCACUAGCCAGGGCUGCACGGUUGUCGGUGUCGCGCGCAGUUCUCGCGAUCCGUCGACUAUAUUAUUAUUAUUAUUAUUUAUCUCCGGCGGUCCCGCGAUUUAUAUCAUUAUUAUUUCAUCCCCGCUGCGCAGCGUGUUGGUACCGUUUACGCAUUUUUAUUUCGCGUCGUUUUGCGCCGGCCGUUUGCCUUCGUCGUAUAAUUUUUAUUUUAAAGCUAUUUUUGUUCGUUCUGUUCUGCGCCAGUCGUGUUCCGAUUCCGUUUCAGCGUCGUAAUUUUAUAUUAUUUCGGACGAGGUAUCCGAAUUCACAUCGAUAUCCAUCAAUCAGCGAAUCCACUAUCCAGUGAAAUAAAAAACAGUUCCACAAUGGAUUUGGAAUUCGACUCUCCUACGGUGUUCAUUGAAGAUGUCACAUUACCUUCAUUGUUGACUAGUUUUAGUACAUCAACUACAAGUUCGGUAGAGUUUACAUCAUCAGAAUCAGAGUCAGAAACUACUCGAAUACCCAUUACCAAACAAAAAACAAAUAAAUAUAUUAAUUAUAAAGGUCCAAUAAAAUCAUAUUCAUUAGCUGAUUUAACAACAAUAAAAUCUUUCAAACCUCUUAUACGAGAAGAUUCAGCUAUAUAUUCUACAGAAACAUUAACCAGUGCCAUGACUUCCAGAACAGAAUCAGGUAUUCAUAACUCUAAUAGUUGUCUGAAUUCAUUAGGUAAAAAUAAGAAAAAGUAUGCACAUGUUGAGAGUAAAGUAAAACAAUACAUAAAGGAUAUUAAAGAUAAUGAAGCUAAAAGUAAAGCUACACGAUAUAGUUUACAACCUUCGUCAAGAAAACAGCAAGUAAAUAAAUAUGUUGAUGAAAUGAUUAAAACUGAAGGUGAAGAAAUUAUAAAUCUAAAGAGCAAUUUGAAAAAACUUGAAAUUCAAUUAUUGGAGAAAAAUAGACUUAUAGAACAACUUCAAUACAAUUAUAAAGUAAUGGAAAAUAAGUAUAAUUCUGCAACAAAUAUUAUUUUAAAAUUGGCCAAACCCAGUAGAGAUGUAUUAAAAUUUACUGAAAAUGAAUUAAUAGAGCCAUUAUCCCCUGGUUAUAGUAUACCACCCCCUAAAGAAGUUUGGGGCCGUGGCUAUAAAUUAAAACCAUCCAAUACAUUAUCAGCAAUACAAAAAGAAAACUCGAAUCUAGAAAAAGAAAUUGGUCUCAAGGUUCGAAAAGUGAAAUCAGGAGGUGACUUAAUAAAUUAUUCCAAUAUUAAUGCCUACAAAACCCCAAGAGAUUCAAGAUCUGCUAUACAAAAGGUAAAGUUGUGGCAAGAAUCAUUAGCAAGCACUGAUGUUUCUGAAAUGGACACAGAUCAAGAUGUAGAAUUUCCAUCACCACAUUCAUAUUCUGUAUCAUCUAAUGACUUAUCAUUGAGUUCAUUAGAAAUUGCGCCAGUGAUGAGUAAUAAAUAUCCGAAUAAACAUGAAUGCCGCAGUGAUUCAUCUGGUUGUGGUAUGUCUUCAACCAGAGUAUCUAAAGAAAAUACAUUAGUUAGUGGUAUUAAUAUAUCAGUUGAUAACAAUGAAUUGUGCUCUCCCUGUGAUACGUUAAAAUUACACUCUUCUACACCCAUAAAAAAUAUUGGACAUAAUUUAUAUUCAACUAAGACCAAAAACUCAACUGUAUCAAACAAACAAAACGAUGAAGCACAAAAACGCCGUUCAUCAAAAAAACACAGAAAAUCGAAAUCUAAAAUUGAAGAAAGUGAAUGCCCAAAUGAAGUAGAUGAAUUUAUGUGCCAAUUUAAACAUUGCAUUGGUGUCAUAAAUGGAGUAGUCACAAAAAUGGAAGAAAGCUUUAUGUCACAAAGAUAACUUUUUUUAUUUAAAAUGUAUUGUGCUUAAUUUUUCAUACUCAUGUUAUACAAUAAUGAAUCGAGUUUAAAGGUUUAUUAAAGGUUAUCAUUUAUACCUACAUAUAUAUAUAUACCUAUUUUUAUAUUGAAGGGUUUCUUGUAUUAUUAUAAAAUUGUUUUGUUAUGAUUUUUGUUUAAAUGUUUGUUUUUUACGCAUUGUCAUUAAAUUAAAAUAAAAAAAAUAAUAUUUUAUUAUGUUGUUAGGUGUAUAACCAAAACUUAUAUUAGACUGUUAGGCUAGUAUCUACCAUCUUCUGUUAAUACAAAUUUAAUAUAAUACUACUUUAAUAUACCGUGUUCCAUGAAUUACUUUUCAAAAAUGAAUUACUUUAAUCUAUUUAUUUUAACAUAAUAUAUUGAACAGUUCAAAAACUAUAAAUAAGUGUCUUAAAUUCUAGACAAGCCCAUGAUAAUUGAUAAAUAUAUGUAUACAAAUAAUGUUUUCCCAGAAAGUCCAUACCACCUUAUCAUCCAUUUGAUCAUGACUUAUUAAUUGUAGUUCUUAUUGAACUUAUAUAUGAUAUAUUAAUAUAAAAUAUUGUAAUAAUAAUAAUGUAACCAUUAUAUAACUAUUUAUAUGAAAGCUUCUGCCAAUGAACUAAUUUAAAUUUAAAUUAUAAGUGUGUCAAAACAUUUUUCUAAAAUUGCAAGUUAUUAUUAUAUAAAUUAAGGGUACAGAAACUUUUCACAUUUUGUAACUUAUGUUAUUAAAUAUCUAUAAUUAAAUUCAUAUAUGUAUGUCUAUAUUAUUUUUAACUUAAGUUUUAUGUUUUUUAACAAAAUGUUGACAUUGUUAAUCUAAUUAUUCUUAUGUUUACUAUUUAAUAUUUUGUUUUAAGUGUUAAAGCCCUUUGUUUAUUUCUUUUUAUGUUAAGAUUUUGUUUAUUUUCUCAUAACACAAUUUUUUGCUAAUUUAUGUUUGAUUAUGUAAUCAUAGAUAUUUUUGACUAAUUCAAACAAUUGUAACCUUAAGUGCCAUAUUAGUAUCUGUCUGUAGGUGUGUUUAAUUGUUAACGACAAGACUGAUUCUAUAUAAAUAAAAUACUAAUUUAUUGUUUACAA